AUGACAGAUAUAAAGUCUAAAGCUUUAACAGGCCAGUCGAUGGGUGCUAUUCCACCUGAGAUUGUGUACCAAAUACUUACAUACCAAUUUAGGGACUUGCUAAGAAAUGACCAUCCUGGGACCGCGGAAAAGUUCAAUGAAAAUUUGGCUACGUUUGUCAAGAGCAACUUGACCGUUAAUAAGACAUUCUCUCAUAUUUGUCAAGUUCUCAUCUAUAGAUAUUGUAAUUUGACUACGGCAAAAAGAUUUCAUGGUCUUUUGCAAACUUUAAAAGCAAAUAGGGUGCUCUGUAACAAAGUCGAGGUAGCUGAUUUCCAAGAACUAACAUCCAUUGGACUUGGCAGGUCUAGUGAGAUGAAUAAAAUGAUCAAAAAUUUAACCAAUGAAACCCUUCUCGAAUUUUUGGUGCUAACAAAAGCAAACUUAAGGGAAUUUUUAGCAUGUGAAAAUAUUCAAGACGACUUAGACGAUAAUAUCAUAAAAUACAUUUUAUCCCCAGGAAAGGUCUUGACUGUUGUGGAUUUCUGUGGCUGCUCAGGCACCAGUUUCACGGAAAGUUUUAUUAAGGCUCUGGACAGAUUAUACCAUCUCAAUAAAUCUACUGAUCAGCAUCUGCUCGAACCCAUCCAACAAAAUUACCAGAUUACAUGUCUGGGCCUAAACGACUGUAUCGAUCUGCCAUCUCAUGUGCUUUGGAAGGUUUUCAAGAUGCUGCCUGAGCUACAAAAACUCGAUCUGUCUCAUACUUCCAUUGACGAUAACACUUUGUAUAAUGGCAUUCCACAUUGGAAAAAUUUAACCCAUCUUUCGCUAGCCACUUGUCUUCAAGUAACUCCGAGGGCAGUUUUAGAAUUCUUCAGUCAUCAUCCAACAAUCACUGAUUCUGAUAAUACAUCUACAUUGGAAUGGCUAAACGUUAGUGUUAUAGCCCAUUCGUCAUCUUGGAACGAAGUACAUACGAUGUUUUUUUUGAAAAAGCUUUGCCAGCAUGGUCACAGUAAGACUUUACAAUACUUAAAUAUUGGUGGUCUGCCCUUACAUAUGGCAUCAUCGUUUAGCGAGGAUCCUAUCACAGAAUCCACUUAUUACUAUCAAUGCCGUGAUAGCCUGCAGUUUAUAAAGUGGAAUUUUCCUAAAUUAAAAAGUUUAAGUAUUAAAGGCAAUAAUGUCCCAAUAUCUACUCUGGUGGAAUUUUUGACACCAAUUGAACAAGACUAUCCUAACUGUAUUCAAAAAUUAAAGGUCUUGAAUAUAUCUGGCAACUCAUACAUCAAUAAAUGGACCAUUCAGGAUUCGUUACUUUAUACAUGUUCUCCAAGUUUAGUGGCAUUAGAAGUAAACUUUGAAUCCUGGCAACAAAUUGAAAAAUUAAACGAAAGACAUGAAAUCAUUGCGUACAAAUAUAAAAAUACGAGCUCUAUUAUCAAAGAUACCUCGACCGCUGAACAAGUGAAAUGGAAAUGUUAUAUCGAUUCUUCUUAUGGUAGAAGAUAUUGGUUAUACAAGACGGAUCCAUUUCUAAACCGUGAUGAUUUGGAAUCAAAGUCAAAUAUAACCAGGUACGAUGCUGAAGGCCACAAGAUCAUAGAGAUUAUUAAUCAGCCAGAUUUCUUAAAAUUUGCCCAAAAUAAAAUUAUGCUUGGCUGCGGACUAGUUCCUCAAAGUGGUAUCAGGCGUAAAUUAUGCUACAGAGAUUUGAAGCCACCAGUUUCCCAGUUUUUGAAUAGGAAAGGUGCCAUCAGUCUUGGUAACACGCCAUUACCUAUAAUUAUUCCAACACUACCCCGAGGUGGAUGGAGAAUUAUUCAUAACGAGGACGAAAGUAACAGUGAUAAUGAUAAUCAUAUGGCUACUAUUCCAAGAAGAACUCCGCUGCUGAGCAGACCGGUUUUGAGGAGCAACAAUGGUCCUGUUCGUCCUGACCCGAUUGCUGGUAGUGUUUCCGCGGCAGCUCAAAUUAGAGAUGGGUUGUACUGGGAUAGGUCUGUACAUGACUUGCGUGAAUUAUCAUUACAAGAACAAAGAAUUCAAGAUUUAGCUGACGAGCAACAGGAAUUAAGGACAAUGGCUAAUUAUGAAGAGACUGACGAUGAAUAUUUGCAUGAUCCGGACUUAGAGCGGAGAAGGUCUCAACUGCGUCUGUUUGAAAGUUCACGGUCACGUUCCGGAAAUAAAGCAAGACCAAGCCUGAAUAGGGAAAACUCUUCUUCCGGUUCAUUUUUGUCAUUUUCUCACUUAAAUCACCAUCGCAAGCAUAAGAACUACUACUUCGCACACCCUGAUGAGUUCAUCUAUGACCCAAGCGAUCCUUGGACUACUCAAAGAUAUAGACUGCAUUUUGAAGUAGUUAACGAAUACCAAGUUUUUGGGUGCAUUGAACGCGGGAUGUAUAGAUACUACAGUUUAAAAGCAUAA